AUGGCCAUGGCCGCCGAGCUCAAGCUCGAGCGGGCGACGCCUGCCAAAGGGGACGUGCUUGGGCAGCAUACAAGUGUCUUCUUCGAUCCAACCAAAGGUUUAUGGAAGUGUCGGCACUGCGAUUGGACACACCAAUUGAUUAGUCCGUGCAGAAAUGUCGAUUUCCCAAAUUAUCAAAGGUGUGGCCAAGUUACAAUGGAGGCCCCCUUUGGCAUGGGAUCCCUUCUUGGGAAGCUCGGCAUGCUGCUAGCUCCUCAGGGGUGCAGGCUGCCGAGCCGGGUUAAGGACAGAAUGCACCUCCUCAAAGAAGAUGUUGAAGAUUUAAGCGAGUACCUUGCUGAAAUGGCAGAGGCAGAGGACCUUCCCCUGACGGCCAAGCGCUGGAUGAAAGAGGCGCGCGAGCUGGCCUAUGACAUCGAGGAUAACAUGGACAUGUGUGUACAGCCUGCCCGUGCCAGCAUCAAUACUACCAGGUUCAUCUGCAAAAUCGGCCGCCAUGUUAAGAUCCCCAAAAGGCUCUUCUCCAAAAGAAGACUUCCCAAGGGACUCAAGUGGCACAAACAGAUUGCCUACAUAGCUCAAGUGCCAGCAGAACAUAGUGGGAAGAUCAGAUCAGUCUGCAAAGCCAUUGGUGUUGUCCUCAUUUGUCUUCCCAAGAGGCUCAAGUGGUGCAAGCAUAUCAUGGAACUCAUAUCAGAUUUCAGGAUGUACAUCCAAGAAGCGAUUGAGCGGCAUGAGAGGUAUGAGCUCCACCGCUGCAGCAUCUUCAGGCGUAGAUUUUUACCCGCCGAUCGCACGCUUCUGACUGCGUACGGAGGAAUUGCUGACAUGGUAAUUGAUGAUCGGGUGAGCGAGUUCAUCGACUCAUUGGAUAAUGAUGGGGAUCAACAGCUCAAGGUGGUAUCCGUUCUUGGACCUGGAUGUCUUGGUAAAACUGCACUUGCACAAGUGUUGUACAACAAAUUUGGGGGGCAAUUUGAUUGUACAGCUUUUGUCCGGGUGUCCAAAAGGCCUGAUGUGGUGAGACUUCUCCGCGAGAUGCUCAUGCAAGUCCAGGGGCAGCAACCCACUGAGUAUUCCAAGGAACUUGACCUUGCUUACAGUAUCAGGGAACAUCUACAAGAUAAAAGGUACUUAAUUAUUAUUGAUGAUAUAUGGACUGCAUCAGCAUGGGAUAUUAUUAGUGAUGCUUUUCCAAAAGGUAAUCAUGGUAGCAGAGUUAUAACAACUACACAAAUGGAAGAGGUUGCAUUAACAUGUUGUUGUUAUCACUCGGAGCAUAUUUUUGAGAUGAGGCCUCUGGAUCAUGAUCACUCAAGAAAGCUGUUCUUUAGCAUACUUUUUGGCUCUGAAAGUGACUGUCCUAAAGAACUCAAAGAAGUUACAAACAAAAUUGUUGAAUUAUGUGGUGGUUUGCCGCUAGCAACAAUCAGCAUAGCUAGUCUAUUAUCAAGCCAGCCUGUUAUAAAAAUGGAUCUUUUGACGCACCUCUGUGAUUCGUUAAGCUCCUGUUUGUGGAUAUCUCCUUCAGAAGGAACAAGACAAGCAUUGAACCUCAGCUACAAUAAUCUUCCUCACUAUUUGAAGAUAUGCCUGCUGUGUCUGAAUAUGUAUCCAGAGGGCCACACAAUCUGGAAGGACGAUUUGGUGAAGCAAUGGGUCGCUGAAGGUUUCAUCCAUACAACAGAAGGGCAAGACAUGGAGAAAGUUGCAGCAAGCUAUUUCAAUGAACUUAUUAAUAGAAGAUUCAUCCAAACUCUAUGUAGCAAGUACAACAAUGAGGUGUUGUCCUGUACUGUUCAUGAUGUGGUACAUGAUCUUAUUGCAGACAAGUGUUCAGAAGGUCGAAGGAAUGUGGCACUUCCUCAAAAGGUUCGACGACUAUCUCUCCUCUUUGGUGAUGCAAAAUAUUGGAAGACACCAGCAGACAUGAGAAGGUCACAAGUUCGGUCGCUUACCAUUUUUGGAUUAUUUGAGAGUAUGCCUUCUAUUUCAGAGUUUAAGGUUCUUCGCGUGCUAAACCUUCAAUUAUCCGGUUAUGGUGAUAGGAACACCAUAAAUCUCACUGGCAUUUCAGAUCUGUUCCAACUGAGAUAUUUAAAAAUUGCAUGUGAUAUCUGCAUACAAUUACCAAACCAUAUGCUAGGGCUACAAUGUUUGGAAACACUAGUUCUGGAUAGUGAAGUUACUGCUGUUCCAUGGGAUAUUAUUCAUCUCCCAAGCUUGUUGCACCUGAGUCUGCUUGUUAUGACGAAUCUGUUGGAUUGGAUUGGCAGCAUGAGGUUAAUUGGCAAGCUGAACAACCUGCGAGAUCUUCAUCUGACCUAUUAUGUACCGUCUUCAGACCAUCUGAAGAGAAGCAUGGAAGCUCUGGGCUCUCAACUCUCAGGACAUGCCAACCUAAAAACUCUAGCUCUGGUUAAUGGCCCCUUUCAUAAAAAUGCUUUUGUUUGCGAUGCUUUAAAAGUGACAGUCUCCUGGGAGGGCUUAGUACCUCCCCCAGUUCUUGAGGUGUUUGAGUGGUCGCUACACAGCUGUGUAUUAUCCCGUAUUCCAAAGUGGAUCGGAGAACUUGGCAAGCUCCGCAUCUUGAAGAUUGCAGUAAGGGAUCUUCCAAGGGAUGGUAUUGAUGCUGUCAGAGGUUUGCCUGCCCUUGACAUGAUGGUGCCAGAGUUGAGGAAAAUGGUUUCAGUAUCUGGUGACCCACAUCAGAGACUUGGAGCCUACAUUGUGGAAGGACUUGUUGCCAGGCUUGCCUCCUCCGGCCACUCGAUCUACAAAGCUCUGAAGUGCAAAGAGCCAAGGAGUUCUGACCUCAUGUCCUACAUGCAUUUCCUGUAUGAGGCCUGCCCUUACUUCAAGUUUGGCUACAUGUCGGCAAACGGUGCAAUUGCAGAGGCUGUAAAGGGUGAAGAUAUGAUCCAUAUAAUCGACUUUGGUAUCUCUCAAGGAGCUCAAUGGAUUCCUCUCCUUCAGGCUCUUGCGACCAGGCCUGGUGGACCACCAACUGUAAGGAUCACAGGAAUUGAUGAUUCACUAUCAGCCUAUGCGCGAGGUGGUGGGCUCGAUUUAGUCGGGAGGAGGCUAUCACACAUCGCUGGUCUGUGCAAGGUUCCCUUUGAAUUCCAUUCGGUUGCUGUCGCUGGUGAUGAAGUGGAAGAGGAGCAUCUCAUGGUCAUCCCUGGGGAAGCUCUUGCAGUGAACUUCACCCUGGAGCUGCACCACAUUCCGGAUGAGGCUGUGAGCACGGCAAACCACCGAGACCGGAUCCUAAGGCUGGUGAAAAGCUUGUCUCCCAAGGUGGUAACCCUUGUGGAGCAGGAGCUCAACACGAACACGGUCCCCUUCAAGCAGAGGUUUGCAGAGACGCUUGACUACUACACUGCCAUAUUCGAGUCCAUCGACCUGACGCUACCAAGGGACGACAAGAGGAUCGACAUGGAGCAGCACUGCCUGGCGAGGGAGAUUGUGAACAUUGUUGCCUGCGAGGGUGCGGAGAGGGUGGAGCGGCACGAGGUCUUCGGCAAGUGGAAGGGGCGCCUCAUGAUGGUCGGAUUUAGGCCGUGGCCGCUCAGCUCGCUGGUGAACGCCACCAUCAGGACGCUGCUGCAGAGCUACUCGGCAAACUACCAGCUCGCGGAGAGGGACGGGGUGCUAUACCUCGGAUGGAAGAAUAAGCCCCUGGUGGUUUCGUCUGCGUGGCACUAG